AAAUAUCCGAAAUGUCUCUGAAAUAAGUAAAAUACACUGUUACGAGAAGUCUGGUAACAUCCUUAUGAACAACUGAUCAAGAACACGUUGUAAACAAACAUACAAAACUCAAUUGAAAUUGAAUUUCGCGAUUCUUAAAUUAUAAAAAAUAUUAUUUAACUUAGUUAUUUAAAUAAAAUGAGAUUAAAGUUUUCGGUGAUAUUAUUACUAGUUAUUAAGUUUGCUAUAUCUGCUGCCAAUGAUAAAAACAAAACCUUCGUAGCAACAACCAAUUGGCAAGAAAUACAAGAAGGUCAAAUCCUUCCGUCGGGUGUGCAUGUACGUGUUAAUUUACAAACUGGUAGGAAGGAAGCAAAACUUUUAAAUAGUAAAGAAGUAGACAGGAACAAUAAUAACGGGGCGUUGGUAAAUGUAGAACAAAAUAUUUACGAAGCUAGUGCGAAAGAAUCCCAGGCGAAAAAUAAAGCAAAAUCCAGUAAAACACUUUCUGAAGCUUUAAAAAAUCUUCCCAAAGACAGUUUAGGUAUUGCGUAUUCACCAAAAAAACUAGAGCAAAUAAAACGCGAUUUUAAAACAUAUAAUGAAUUGAAGGAAUCUUUUAAAAAGUUGCAAAAAGAAUUUCGUUCAGAUGGUGAACUAAUUACAAAACUAAUUGAUGAGUAUAAAAACCUUAGUAAAGAAAAUGCGGAACUACCGACAACGUUAAAUACGAAAAUAAAUACACAACUACGAAUACUUGAAGAUUUGGACUAUCUUGUUCACCAAAUUGACAACGCAUUGUGGUUUAUUGAUAAAGGCGGCUUAGAUAAAAUUCUUCUACCACUAGUAGUAAACGAAACAAAUAUAAAUUUACGGACAAAAGCCGUUCGUGUAUUAGGUGCUUUAACACUUAAUAAUCCUAAAGCUCAAAUAAAAGUUUUUGAAAAAAAUAUCGGAAGUUAUUUAGCUCAAAUUCUUAUAACGUCGGAACACUCGGAAGAGUUAUCAUCAGCAUUAUACGCUUUCGGCAGCCUUUUAAGAAAAUUUCCUUUGGCAUUACAAAGAAUACUCUCAACAUCUGGAACACAAGCGUUGGUAGCCGUGCUUGCAAAAGAAUGUGAACUAAAAGUGAAAGCGAAAUCUAUAACCCUUAUAAGCGAUAUAAUUGUUGAAAAAAGACUUGUUCUUUCGAAAUUCGCUGAAUCGGAUAGCCCAUUAGCUGCUGCACAGUAUGCUGAUUUAAACCUACAAGAAUGGCUGCAUUUGAGUGGUUUUUGCGAAACAGUCGAUAGUUUAGUUUCUACACAACUUUAUGAACUAUUGGAUCAACCAGAUUUGACCGAGUAUUUUGUAAUAGGUUUGGAAAACGCGGUAGAAAUUUGUGAAUCUGUUUGGUCAAAAAGCGUACAACUAAGGCAUACUUUAUUAACCAUAAAAAACCGUUAUAUGCACACUAAAGAAGAGUACCAUGGAGAAGUAGCACAGCAAAUUGAAAAGCUAGUUAAAACUCUUUACAAUCUAAAUAACCGUGAUGAACUUUAAAGUUUACACACCUAUCAAUAAAAACUUUUGUGAUAAACUAAAUUAAAAUAUUAACUUUAGCAUGUGUACAUAAGAAUGUUGCUUAAAUUAAAGAAUUUCAAAUUUAUUGUAUUGUAUAAGGGCGGCCUCAGUAAAUAUGAAUUAAAUUAAUAUAAUAGUGGGUAUGAAAUUUAUAAUUCAUCUAUGAUGCUUGCUUUCUAAAGGACAGUACUUUUAUAUGAUUUAAAUUCCGUUGAAUUCUUAAGUUGUGGUAAUAUUAUAGUUUCUUUUAAAUAAUUUAUUUCACAGAUGAAUUUAGGUUUUUUUUUGUUUCGUUAAAAAAAAUUUAAAU